AUGGUUCAUAAUGGUAUUGAAUAUGGUGAUAUGCAACUCAUUUGUGAAGCUUAUCACAUAAUGAAAGAUAUUCUAAAAAUGUCCAAUGAUGAAAUAGCUGCAACAUUCGAAGAAUGGAAUAAAGGAAAAUUAGAUUCAUUUUUAAUUCAAAUAACAGCUGAAAUUUUACGCUAUAAAGAAAAUGGUAAACAUGUGUUAGAUUUAAUUCGAGAUUCAGCUGGACAGAAAGGUACUGGUAAAUGGACAGGUAUUGCUGCACUUGAAUAUGGUGUACCUGUAACAUUGAUUGGUGAAUCUGUUUUUGCUCGAUGUCUAUCAUCAUUACUUGACGAGCGACAUCGUGCAUCAUCAGAAUUAAAAGGACCUAAAGUACAAGAUUUUGAUGGUGAUAAAAAGGAAUUUCUUGAAUAUCUUGGUCAAGCAUUAUAUGCAUCAAAAAUUAUAUCAUAUGCUCAAGGUUUUAUGCUUAUGCGUGAAGCAGCUAAACAACAUUCAUGGAAACUAAAUUAUGGUUCAAUUGCACUUAUGUGGCGUGGUGGUUGUAUUAUUCGAAGUAUAUUUUUGGGAAAUAUAAAAGCAGCAUACGAUAAAAAUGAAUCAUUGGAAAAUUUGCUGAUGGAUAAUUUCUUUAUGGAUGCUAUUAAUAAAUGUCAACAAGGUUGGCGAAAAGUUAUUGCAACAGCAACUAUCUACGGUGUACCAAUACCUUGUUUUAGCACUGCAUUGGCUUUUUAUGAUGGUUAUCGUUCAAAACGUUUACCAGCCAAUCUUAUACAGGCUCAACGUGAUUAUUUUGGUGCACAUACAUAUGAAUUACUUGAAAAACCUGGUGAAUGGAUCCAUAGAAAUUGGACUGGUCAUGGUGGAAAUGUUACAGCAUCAACAUAUCAGCGUUAG